AUGAGCUCACUCUCCGACUUGAUCAACGACACGCUGCAGCAGGCGCAGGAGAUCUCGCUGCAGGCGUGGAACACUGUCUUCCCCGAGGAGCUGAGCGAGUUGCACGACCUCCCCGCCAACAUCCACGCCUCGUUCCGCACCUUGGUCGACAAGAUCACGAACCAGGGCACGCUGCCGAUCCCCGACCCGCGCGGCUGGCUCCCAGACCAGCUCAAUCCCUCGACCCCUCCUCCUCCCCCACCUGCACCCGCAUCGAGCAGGGCAUCGUCCUGGCUCCGCGCACUCGGCUCGCAUGCCGCAGAGCACCCGCUCGUCUACUCGGCAGUCGCAGUCGGAGUCACCGGCGGCGCAUCGUACUACUUCUUCCCGCAGGCCACCCUCGGCGCCGUCUCGCCUCUCGCCAGGCUCGUCCCGCUCGCCAUCCUCCCAGACCCGAAGAACCGCCCGCUCCGUCUCUUGCCAGCGACGCACGGUGUCGCAGGAGAAGUGAGGAAGGAGGCCAUCGUCGUCCUUGGCGCAGACUCGCCGCAGGGAAGGGAGAUCGCACUCGACCUCGAGCGAAGGGGCUUCGUCGUUGUUGCGACCGUCAGCGAGCCUGCCGAGGCCGACGUCCUCGAGAAGCUUGGACGGGGCUGGAUCAAGGUGCUCGUGCUCGACGUCAACGAGUCCUCCUCGGUCUCGCCCUUCCUGCGCUCCCUCUCGACUGCCCUCUCCCUCCGCUUCCCGCUUCACUCGUCGGGCGACCUCUUUGCCCGCCCCGCCCAGGCCCUCGCCCUCACCGGCGUCGUCAACUGCCUCUCGCUGACCUCGCUGCCUGAAUUGCCGUGCCCGCUCGAGGCGAUCGAGAACGACCAGGCGAGGAAGCUUAUCGGCGAGCGAGUCACGACUGUUAUCGGUGUCGUCAAGGGCUUGCUUCCGAUCUUGCGGUCGGCGGCCGCUCGUCCUGGAGCACCGACCGGGGUCCUCGUUACGCUCGUUCCUGCCGCCAGCUCGAACCUCGCCAUCCCUUUCCACUCGCUCACCUCGGCUGUCAAUGCCGCCAUCUCUUCACUCCUCCACUCGCUACGGCGCGAGGUCACGGCAUCGUCCACGAGCAACGUCCAGAUCACCCUCCUUGAAGUCGGCUUCUUCCGCGACUCGACCAUGAACCCUCCCGCUGCGGCGGCGCUUCCGAUCCGCCUCGAAUCGGUUUAUGCACCUGCACUUGCGCGGCGAGUCGCCCCUGCUUCGGAUGCGGGUGUUCGUGCUAGCUCGAGGUGCGCGAGGAAGGGAAGCGAGAUGCGAAGGUUGAGCAAGAGGGUUUGGCAGAUCCUCGUGCGGCCGACUCACGCUGGCGCCGUCGAGCGCAUCGGCUCAGGAUCCCGCACAUACCUCCUCGUCUCGUACCUCCCGCAUGCCUUCGUCGACGUCUGCCUCGCCGUUCAGGACCGCCUCUACGGCGUCUACCUCUCGCACCUCCGCCACAUCCUCGCCUCGAGCCGCUGGUCCCGUCUCACCUCCCUCACCUCGCGCUCCUCGCGCCCAAACCGGCCACUCCCGACUCCCCCAACUCAGCAACAAGCAGACCACCCAUCCUCGCUUCGCCCAUCCGCUCCCGCUGCUGCGGCGCCUUCGCAAGUCCCCAUUGGCGACCCAUUUGUCCCUUCGCCAGCUGCUUCGACACCGGUCGACAGCGAGCACGAGGACUCGAGCAGCCAGAGCAGCAUCGAGGACUUCCCUCUCGGCGCUUCGACGGCGAGCAUGGGCGGCAGCUUUGUCAGUGUCGGCAGGGACGAGGCGGAGGGCAGGUAG